UCCCUCUCUCAUUCUGUAGAUGAUGUCAUUGUGGCUUCCCUUAGACCUUGGACAAAUGAUGUGGGUCUCUGUUUGGCGUUCCUCCUCUUUUCCACCCCUCUCUCUCUUUCUCUCUCUCUCUCUCUCUCUUUCUCUCUCUCUCUCUCCCCCCCAGUGUCUCCAUCUCGUACUCCACUGCUCUCUUCAUCAACAGAGGGAUAGCAGCUGAGGAAACUUGAUAGCACUCCAUCCCCUUCUCUUCUCCUCUUCCCUUUUUCUUAAUCUCCCUCUCUUCUUCUCUCUAUCCCUCUCUCAUUCUCUAGCAGCGAUGUAGUUCUCUCUCAAACUUUAACAGCUGUUUGGCAGUGAAGUCUUGACUGAGAUCCAUCACGCCUGGACCUCCAUGGAUUCACUCCCUGCUUCUUUUUGAGAUCUUUCCAGAGUCGCCUCUCUAUUCAUUUCUGUCUUCUGUUUACAUUGUCGUGUCGGUGGGUUUGGACCAUGGCCAUGAAGGAAACCAUACUCCCUAUUAGUGAGGUGUCGAGUCCGUACCCGGAGAUUGUGGAACUCAAUGUCGGCGGCCAAGUGUACGUCACCAAGCGCUCCACCCUGGUCAGCGUACCUGACACCACCCUCCACUACAUGUUCACGCGGUGCAGCCCGCACGAGUUGCCCCGCGACAACCGAGGGCGCUUCUUCAUUGACCGCGAUGGGUUCUUGUUCCGAUACGUGCUGGACUUCCUACGGGACCGCCAGCUUGUGCUACCAGAACACUUUCCGGAGCGGGAACGUCUUCAGCGUGAAGCCGAGCACUUCCAGUUGGGGGAAAUGCUUAGACUUUUGGGCCCACGUGUAGCCAAGCAAGGCUCGCUCAAUGACGAAGGCUGCCAGAGCGACAUUGAGGAAAGUUCGCAGAGCAGUGAGUUGGUGACUCGAACUGGAAGCUGUGCCACCAACUAUGCGACUUCCUCUUCCGUCCUGGACAAGAGGUCUGGGUUUAUUACGAUAGGUUAUAGGGGAUCCUACACAAUGGUGAGGGAUAACCAAGCUGAUGCUAAGUUUCGCCGUGUGGCACGGAUCAUGGUCUGCGGGCGUAUCGCCCUGGCGAAGGAAGUGUUCGGUGACACUUUAAAUGAAAGUCGAGAUCCGGACCGUCCGCCAGAGAAGUACACCUCCCGCUUCUACCUGAAGUUCACCUACCUGGAGCAAGCAUUCGACAGGUUGAGUGAGGCUGGCUUCCAGAUGGUGGCCUGCAACUCAACUGGAACAGCUGCGUUCGUUAACCAGUACAGAGACGACAAGAUCUGGAGCAGCUACACGGAGUACAUCUUCUUUAGACCAGCCUGCAAGUCAGCAUCCCCUAAACUGGAGCGUGAGGAGCCCAAGUCCGAGAAACUGCUGGAUAAGGCCAGUGAGAGCGGAGCCUCAUUGAACGAGCUCUCCACAUCCAGCUCCGAGACCCACUCAGAAGCCACAUCCCCCCAGGACGGGGGUCCCAUCCUAGUGUCACGUGGUGAGGUUGUGGGGGGCUCGCUGGCUCCGUGUGGUGCCCUGCACUCUGUAUCUCGACCUCCGAGCACUUUCACUCUGGGCCGACCGCCCAAAAAAGGAUCCUCUGUGCAGUGGAUGGAGCUGCCGGAUAAGAGGAGGAACAGCGAGUUGUUCCAGUCCCUCACCAGCGGGGUUGGUCCGAGGGAAGGUGUGGGAAGCGGUCUGACCCGGAGGAAGACUCUGGAGAGGCCCAGCGUGGAGGAGGAAAUGAAACAGUGCAUCCGAGAAUUCCGAAAGAUCAAGAUCCCUCCGGCGUUCCCAGAACGCAAAAGGCAGUGGCAGUCAGAACUGCUUCAGAAAUACGGGCUUUAAAGAAAACUCAGAAUAGGCGGUUUAAACUAUCCAACUGAUUCACAAUCUCGCACAAUAGAUUGCCCAACAGACUUUAAAGUCCUCAGAGGUCUUGAUUCACACUGAGAAACCAAACAAUUGAGUAUCAGAAAAGAGAAAGAAGGAACUUGAGUCAUUAAAACAUGUUCCACUUUGCUCCAUUUUUAUUCAAAAUUGACAGCACCAUUAAUAUCUUUGAACUAGACUUUAAAACCUACCAAAAAGUGGUGAUGGAGCACAUUUCGAUGAAAAGCCAUUCCAUCUAGACUUAUCUAAAUAAACCUUUCCAUUGUUCAGAAGGUCUGCAAACAGGGCUCAUAGUAUAUACUAUUGUACUGACAGACAGACAGUGUUUACUGACAGACAGUAUUGGCUUCUUUGUAGACAUAUUGGGAAGUAAAUUCUUGUUGUGUCCAAAAGAGAGAUGUCACUGUGCGUUAACUAGUUGUUCAGUUUGGUUCUAUACAAAUGAUGUUAAUGUAAAUGUUGUUGUCUCUACCUACCUUUGUUUCAAUGAUUAAUUUAGGUUUGUCUUUUCGUAUACAUGUAUUAGGGCUACCAAACUAUUUCAAAUGCCAGUCAAAUUGCUAUAUGCUGAUUAUUUAAUCAAAUUGCAAUUAAUCACAUAUACAGUGCAUUCAGAAAGUAUUUAGACCCCCUACAAUUUUUCAAUCAUGCUAUGUUGCAGAAUGAUACUACAAAAGUAAAAAAAAAAAAAAAAAUUCACAUUGAUCUACAGUCCGUACCUCAUAAUGACAAAGGUGAUGAGCAGUGCCUGGUUUCCUUCAAACAUGAUGCUUAGAAUUGAGCUUUAUCAGAGCAGAGUCUGAGGGUCCUUCGGGUGCUUUUUUGCAAACUCCAGGCUGGCUUUUAUGUGUUUUGCACUGAGGAGAGGGCUACAGUGAUGGUUGUCCUUCUGGAACUUUUUCCCAUCUCCACACAAGAUCUCUGGAGCUCAGUCAGAGUGACCAUUGGGUUAUUUAUUGGUCACCUUUCUUACUAAGGCCCUUCCCCAUAAAUUUCAGUUUGGCUGGGUGACCAGCUCUUGGAAGAGUCCUGGUUGUGCCAAACCUCUUCCAUCUAAGAAUUAUGCAAGCCACUGUGGGAACCUUCAGUGCAGCAGAAUGUUUUCAGAUUCUUCCCCAGAUCUACACUGUAAAAAAUUACUGUAAUUUUAAUGGUAAAAAACUGUGAAAAAUGCUAUAGUACAAACCUGUUCAAUGGUUAUGUAAAAUUUAAUCGGGAAUUUUUUCUUAUUUGUUAUGUUUAUUAGGGUUUUAUGUUACUUAUAAUGCUGCUAAAUUUCAUUUUAAUGAGUCUCACCAUGAUGGUGUUUAGUGCUUGUGUGAAUGACUGUGCACCUUCUAUGUGUAUUAUUAUUUAAAAGCAGCUUGUGAUGGACUUUGGUUCAUCACGUGACUUUCUCAUUACCAACUGCUUUUGGUAGUUUUCAGUGUAUUACAAAGUUACAAAACAGAGUUCAGUACUUCAAUAGUUAGGUAUAUUAACAUUAUAUCAGUUAAUGAAAUUACGGUAUUUAACUGUAAAUUUAACGUAAAACCUAAAA